AGGGUACGGUAUACGGUACGUACGUGCGCGUGCAUGAUCGAUCCGGUUUCGUCGUUGAGCUGAGCCAAGAAAGCCGACCGAUAAAAUAUGGUGCACCAUGGAAUCCAGAUGACUGAGGCCUGUCUGUCACUGAAACAUUAGGCAGCCUAGAAGCACCAUGGAAUCUGAGGCUGAACAAGGCCUGGAUAACGGGUCGGAGCUCAAGGAUGAGGUCAAAUGUGAAGAUGAUGGGACCGGUGAAGUGGUAGCAAGUUUAGGACAAGAUGGUAGCGGGGAUGGCCAUGAGGAAGAUGUAGAAGCGAAUGAAGGUGAGAGUAUGCUGCAGGAAGAUCAGGGAGCAGGGGACUGUCAUGCAAAUGAAGAAACCAAGACAAAUGAUGCACAGGCCGAGGGUGGGAUAGAUGGAGGAGGUGAAGGGGGUGAUGAGAAUGCAGAGGGAGAAAGGGAAAGUCAGGCAAACAAUGCCAAUGCAAUAGAACCCGAAGGAACAAGUGAAGAGACUGUAGAGCAAGGAGAGGUCCAGAUAGAAGAAGAGCUAAAAAGAUCAAAGAAGGGGGAUGAAGGAGAUGAGGUAGUGUCUUCCAAAGUCACCACUGUGUCCUUUGCCAGUGAAGUCCAAGUGCUGAAUGAAGAUGAGCUUGAGGAACAGUGGCCAAUAGCUGAAGGGGAUGAUGGUGGAGUGGUUGCUGAAAAGGGAGAUGGUGAUGGGGAAGGCAUCGUUGAACCUGAUGAAAAUAAAGCAGAGAUUGACGAUAACUCUGCCGAUGUGAUAACUGAAGCCGAUCCUUCACUAGGCGAUGACAAAGCAGAGGUUGUAGCUCGGGUUUUAGAUGAAGAAGAUGGCGAUGUAUUGGAAGAUACCCCAGUGGCAGAACCUGGAUCAGAUCAGCCGGAACCAUCAGACAUAGCUUCUGCAGAAAAUACUGCUCCAUCUGAGGAAGCAGUUGCUGAAAAGACACCUGAAGAAAGUAAUGAAGUCACAACAGAGCAUGAUGAUAUUGGUGAGCAAGAGCUUCCAGAGAUGGCACCUUUGAGUGAUACAGGAGUGGACAAUGAAGCUUCUGUAGAAGAUGGAAAUUCAUCAGAACAGGUGGUUCUGGAGGCUGAACAAGCUGAAGGCAAUAGAGAGGAGAUACUUGAUGAUAUUCCAGUAGCUCAACUUAUUGAAGAACCAGAAAGGGAGGUAGCUAUUGAAUAUGAGACAGUUGUUCAUAGAAGUAUGAAGUCAAGUGCACCAGAAGUUACGCUUGAAGCUGCUGCUGAGGAAAUCAUAGAACAGGUUGGAACAUCUGCUGAAGGACCGGAGGAAGGAGAUGGAGAUGAAACUAAAGAGGAUGUUCAUGCCCCUCCACUUGAGGAGAUUGAAGCUGAGCAUUAUGUUGCUCAAACUGAAGUGGAUGUUCAAAGGAGCUAUAUGUCAAAUGCCCCUGAGCAUGGUGUUGAAGCACUAGUUAUGGAAGAGCAGACAAGCGAGGAAGCUCAAGAAUUAAAUAGCCCAGUCCCAGUGCCUGAAGGUGAUGAAGCUGGAAAAGAGGCACAUGUGGAUGACAAUCAACAAGAACUGCUCGAUGGCAUUCCUGAAGAGAACAUUGCUGAUGAUGGAGCAGUGGACAAUCGCACAGAACUUCAAGUAGACAGUGCUUUAGAAAGUCAAAUUUUUGAGGAAAGCCAAGAUGAACCCUAUCAACAAGAUCUGACAGUUCCUACAGGGUCUGUCCCAUAUGAAACAGAUCCAAACUUGUCUUCGGUCAACCAAGAGGAUGUUCCAACGGAUGGUAACUUCUCAGAGUAUGACCAACCACCAAUGUUGGCGAUUGAUGUCGAGCCACUACCUCCUAUAGAACCAGAGAUGGUGAGGCAUGACAUUCGUCAGCUGCAAGAACGGCAGAGGAUGGAAGGUCUUAGUCCAAUAGAGCUCUUAACCCAGGCCAAUCAAGCUCAUGGAGUUCUACCAUCUCCUCUCAGAUCUCCAUAUCACCAGCAACAUCCUCACAGUGGCUCAAAGCUGGAAUCAACAAGUCGAGCGACCAACCUGUCUCGGGUCCAGAUAGCACGCAUCCCGUCCCCGCCCGCUCACGUCAAGGCUCAAAUGAUGAUGGAAGAAGAGAGGAGAGCCUCAACUAGAACGUCCAGCAGGCUACCCCCAUCGGUGAUGAAGAUGUCAUCGGUGAUGGUCAAUGCUAGGAAAAAAGCUGUGAAGAACAGAAAUGCGAGUGUUUACUAUGAAGAGAAACAGUUCCACAAAAUCUUGACUCUUGAUGAGUGCAUCAACAGCCGACCUCCGAUGCAGUUUGACCUUGAUACUCCUGGGCCGUGUCGGUAUUCUCCAAGAAACAAGCCUUUGUAUGAAGACAACGCUCCUGAGUACACCUUUGGCACGAAAUUCCCUGAAAGAGCUGGGGGUGGACGCACUGCCUAUUCCAAGACCUGGUUCAACAGUACUGAUAACUUCACGUCCAAAACAAGAUUUGAGAGGAGGUGGCCAUCACCCAACGCCUAUGGUAGAGGGAGGUCUAUGGUUGGUAGGAAGGUUCCUGAUAAGAAAGACUAUCCGGCAUUUAGCAUGAGAGGAAAGACAAACUUUGUCAUCAACAAAAAAGGAUCUGAGAAUGAACCCGGCCCAGACCAAUAUCACCGUCAGCGAUCUGAUCCAUUACUCUUCCGUCGAGCUCCAGCCUUUAGUAUGGGAGCCAAACUGAACCGCGGGAGGCUCUUUGGCGCACCUGAAAUCACACCAGCACCAAACUACUACAACCCGCACACCAACUAUACAUCAAGAAAGGUAACAUACCCAGCAUUCACCAUCUCAGGCAUCAGGAAACCAAAAAGCCAUGCCCUAGGACCACAUGCUACACUCUGAACAAUGCUACAGCAGGUCCAUUACGACAAUCUUUGCACCAAGUUCUGCGCGGGGAGUGUUCCCUACCCUGCCUUCAGCAUUUCGGGUGAAGCAAUAAAGCCAUGCCCAUGACCACAUUCUACACCCUGAGCAGUAGUAAGGAGGUGGGAUGUAGAGCAGGCGUCAGGAAACCUUAAAGCCACGCCCUAGGACCACAUGCUACACUCUGAACAAUAGUACAGCAGGUUGAUUACGACAAUCUUUGCACCAAGUUCUGCUGUUGGAAGGUUCCCUACCCUGCCUUCAGUAUUUCGGGUGAAGCAAUAAAGCCAUGCCCAUGACCACAUUCUACACUCUGAGCAGUAGUAAGGAGGUGGGAUGUAGAGCAGGCAUCAGGAAGCAAUAAAGCCAUGCCCUAGGACCACAUGCUACACUCUGAACAAUGCUACAGCAGGUUCAUUACGACAAUCUUCACACCAAGUUCUGCUUAGGGAGUGUUCCCUACCCCGCCUUCAGCAUUUUGGGGAUCAGGAAGCAAUAAAGCCAUGCCCAAGGACCACAUGCUAUGCUUUGCUUUGAAGGAUGGGUACAGCACCUCAGUAACGACAAUCAUCACACCCAAGUUCUUUUCACGGGAGGUUCCCUACCCCGCCUUCAGCAUUUCGGGCGAUCAAGAAACAAUAAAGCCUUGCCCAGUACCACAUGCUACGCUCUGAAGGAUGGGUACAGCACCUCAGUAACGACAAUCAUCACACCCAAGUUCUUUUCACGGGAGGUUCGCUACCCCACCUUCAGCAUUUUGGGGAUCAGGAAGCAAUAAACCCAUGCCCUAGGACCACAUGCUACGCUCUGAAGGAUGGGUACAGUACCUCAGUAACGACAAUCAUCACACCCAAGUUCUUUUCACGGGAGGUUCGCUACCCCACCUUCAGCAUUUUGGGGAUCAGGAAGCAAUAAACCCAUGCCCUAGGACCACAUGCUACGCUCUGAAGGAUGGGUACAGUACCUCAGUAACGACAAUCAUCACACCCAAGUUCUUUUCACGGGAGGUUCGCUACCCCACCUUCAGCAUUUUGGGGAUCAGGAAGCAAUAAAGCCAUGCCCUAGGACCACAUGCUACACUCUGAAGAAUGGUACAGCAGUUUGGGUAGGACAAUCUUUAAUAAUAAUUGACUUUUAUAUAGCGCUUUAUCAAUCUACGACUGCUCAAAGCGCUUCACAAUUAUCAUUACCCGGUCACUGUAUUCAUAGCUUUUUAGCAGCCUGUUGCUAAACCAACUACAACGACGUUUGUUUCCUACCAGUACCCAUUUAGCACCUGGGUGAGAGUGGCAAACUGUGGAUUGAUGCCUUGCCAAAGGAUGCUAGGCCAUGCUGGGAUUCAAACGCACGACCCUCUGGUUACAAGGCGAGAGUCAGAACUGCUACACUACGGCGCUUCCCCCCCAAGUUCUAUCCACGAAUCUUUACACCCAAGUUCUGCUGUGGAAAGGUUUUCUGCCGCACCUUCAGCAUCUUGGUUGAUCAGGACACCUAAAAGACAUGCCAUGGGACCACAUGCUUUACAUUAGUAUUUGAUAGUUUAGAGGUGUCAGGAUAGAUUGUUCCAUUAACAACCAUCUUAAUGUUAAGUAGAAUAUAAUGUACAAUGCUUUCAUUAUCGGCUCAUGCACCUUCUAGUCCAGAGCUAUUAUACACAUCCAGUCACCAGUUGAGCUGCGGCUGUGAAACUAAUCUUAUACAUGUACUGCCCUUGUGUUGUCGCAUGAGAUAAGUCUCCAACUUUUUAAGAUACAUCUCAUUAAUAUGAAGAUUUGUCAUUAACUUCCAGCUACUGACACAUUUCUGCAGGCUUUGAAUUUUUAAUUUUUGUGUGUGUGCUGCAGGAGUGUUGAAGAAUGGGUGUCACUCCACUUGGAAGUGUGUCAGUCUCCCUGCAUUGCUACAUGUUUGUGUUGUUAUUUUGUUUCCAAGAGAAAUCUGUACUUCUACUGAUGAGGCUGAGAUGAUAACCUUAUAACUUACAAGUUAUUCAAUAUAAAAAUACACAAUGAAGAUCUUGUCAGUUGGACAAUUUAAAUUGUCAAAUGCCAAUAGACUCAUGAUUCUUUGGAUGACUGGGUGCACAUCCCAGCAGACACAAACAUUUUUCAGAACAUCUGAAGUUUUUCUUCAGGUUGUUAGACUUGAAAGUAAGUGUUUGACGGUUUCUUAAGGUCCUUAGCUUGGAAAGAAAAGGUUGAUAAAAUAUCCCUCUUUCAGUUGGGUACAGUGUAAUUAAUUUAUUUUAUAGAAAUAAGAAUGUCCCUUUUUACCAAUUUGUAAGAAUAACAAUUAAGGUAUUUCUCUGUAUCAUGAGUAAAAAGCAGAAACAAUUUUAUCAUGCUUUAAUCAUUGAUUUAUUGAUUUUCCAGCAAGUUCUUGAAAUAAUGAGCUUAAUAUUCAUUGUAGUGGAACAACAUAUGAACAACAUAUGCAUGGUUAGGAUGUAAUCAUUACACAAAACAAUAUAGGCUGAACAAAGUUAGCUACAUACUUAAUUCAUUUUGAGGUAUUACUAGAACCAGAAUUAUUUUUACUAAGUAUGUUUUGCAGUUUCUGAUGCACAAAAUCCUUCCUAUGUAUUUACUUGAUAAUUUACGGUAUGUGCAUUUCAGACUUUGAGGAAAUGUAAAUUAUUUGUGAUAACAUGAAGAGGUUUAUCAAUCCAUUCCUUGUGGGUGUUUCAUAAAGCUGUUUGUAUUAAGUUAAGAGCGACUUUAAAAUGACUAGUGAACCUUUCUACUGUGCUAAAUGAUCACCGAUGAACAUAUAAUGGUGAAUAUCAUUUACCACAAGAAAGGAUCAACGGUCAUUCUUAAAGAUGCUGUUAACUUACGAACAGCUUUAUGAAACGGCCUCCUGGUAGAAUAACAAUAUCUGGGUACAUCAUUUUAGCUGUUUCCAUUAAUGCAGGUUCAAACAGACGCUUUCUCGAACCCGCAUUCUGUCUGUGGAAUAAGAAUGGCCACUCCCAUCACUUCCAUAGCCUAACUGGGUCCUGUCUGUUGUAUCAGUGUGUUUUUGUUUAUAAUGUUUUCCCAAAUAAAAACAAAACCUGUAUUUUUGAAGAUUUUCUUAUUGUUGCGCAUAAUCUAAUCAUCCUAUAACUUUGUAAUAAGGACAUUUUCUCUUCUUUCAUCAGAUACCAAACAUAUGGUGGUAUCUGAAUCCCUGACCAAAAUGGAACAAUUUAAACUUGUGCAUGUCAGAACCACUUUGUGUAGAAUAAUGCAGGUGUUUUAUCGAAUUGGCCACGGACAGUUUAGAUAAUCCAUGCCAAAAUUAGGUGUCUAUUCUCUGAAGCAUGAUAAAAGAGAUAAAGGAAAUACUAUUGAAUGUCUUUUUAAAUAUCCUGUGCUACAGACUGUUAAAUCUUUGAUAUCUAUUCUACACAUUUUUUGUGUGAUAUCACCAUUUGAAAGGGUCCUCAUCUGGCUAUGCAUAGCAGAAACAUAUUGUAACUGGUGUUGAAAGAAAGAGAAUAGGUUGAAUUUUCAUUUGAAGAAAUUCCUGACAAAGUAUUAUAGUUUAAAAAAAACUUAAUUCAUGAAUUUCCUUUUUUCUUGAACACACUGUACAGUAAUCCAAACAUUACUGGAAGAAUUCUGUCACAACAUAACUCUCCAUGGAUUUUAUGAAUGUCUUUUUUUUCUAGUCCUGUAUUGUAGCAAUUCCAAACAUCUUCCUAUCAGCUCAAUUGUGAAUUGUUUUACAAGUAUUCUGUCACUAAAUAAGCAAAAAGUACAGAUAGAUAGUUAAUGUCACAGUGGAAAGAUAUAUUUUUUAAAGGCAUAUAUUUCCGUCCAGUUUGUAACAUAAUGCAAAUAUUUUAGUCUAUUUUUCAAACGGUACAUAUUUCUGUCCAGGUUGUGUAAUCAAAUUUGUAUUAUGCACUAAUUGUCUAUAUUUCAAACAAUUCAGAUAAAACACUUCCGUCCGCUUUAUGUUAUGAUACAAUAUCAAAAUUACUUUAUUAUAAUGCAUAAUUUUGUUCCUUUCCAUUAAGUCUUAGGUAGUGUAACUUAAAGCAAAGUUAUUGGUCAUAUGUAUGAUUUUUAUGAUUGAUUGUACAUUGUGUUGAAUGCAAUUAAUCAUAAAGAUUUGCUCGAAGAUCAUUUUCUAAGCCUUGUGUCACAGUUCCACUAACAUGAAGAUUUAAGAUGAAUUAUGGGUGAUUCUAAUCAUUUGAUUGUGGCGAGUUGAACCCUAUAUGCAUGCAAAUAUGGUUUUGAAGUGGCAUUGUCAUUCUGUGAUUGAUUGCAAAACUUUGUAUCAUGAGGACCUGGAGGUCCCCGGAGAACUUUGGAGGUCCCCGGAGAACUUUGGAGGUCCCCUGAGAACUUUGGAGGUCCCCUGAGAACUUUGGAGGUCCCCGUAGAACUUAGGAGGUCCCCGGAGAACUUUGGAGGUCCCUGGAGAACUUUCGAGGUCCCGGAGAACUUUGGAGGUCCCCGGAGAACUUUGGGGGAUGUUCAGCAAAAUGGUUCAUCAUUCUUAAAUGCAGUCUUUGAAACCUCCAUAUGUUUUUUUCUCCUCCAAAUCAGGAAUAUAUUUGUUUAUUAUUUCUUGGUAAGGCCAACACCAGAGAAAGAAAAACAAUAAGAAAACGCUUGCAGACAUUUAGUGCAAUGGUGGUGUUUGCACCUUUCAUAUCCAGUUACCAUAAUAAAAGUUAAUGUUUGUGAGUGUAGCCAAAUUUUGGUUUUGUCAGUUUGUGAAAGCUAAACAGAUUGCAAGUAGUUGACAAAUUGUUUAAUCUUUGCAAAUAUUUUUUUCUUUUAUUCACAAACAAAUUCCUAAUUACCUGUUAAUAUCUAACUUCAUAUUGACUUUCAGUUUACAUUUUCAAGUGUUUGCGACACCAAUCCUUCUGAGCACUGUCUUAAAGAUACCAUUAAGAGAAUUAGGGUCUUUAAGAUUCAAGAGAGGAUCCUACCUGGCAGCAGUAAGAAAAAUGAAGUCAAAAAGGAAAAAAAAAUCUCCUUUUGAGAUGGUUUUAAAACAUUCUUCUUAGAUUCUUUAUUAGAUUCAUCAAUGUUAAUGAACACUUGACUGGUGCAGCCUUUUAAAUUUACAAAUAAUCAAAGUGUUAACAAAUGCUGCUGUAGAAAAUCAUGCAAUGAUAAUCAUCUUUUUAAGCUAAGAUGCCGUUUUACAUUUCCAUAUGCAGUUAUUUCUAAAGGUAAGUUUUUUGUAAUAAAAAAUAAUAAGCAAUAUGUUUAUCAUACGCAUCUUGUGAUAUGCUGUUAAGGGUUCAGUAUUAUGUCUAAGAAACACUAAUAUUUUUGUGUAUCUAGUGUGUCUUUUUAUACCAUAGAGGCUUUAUUCUGUACAGAUCUGACUGUAAGAUAUGUAAAAAAUAUAUUAAUAAUCUUAAAUCUAU